UCUACUAUAUAAUUAAAUAUAUACAUUUAGUGAUAGCCUGCGUAUAAAAUCACAGUACGGAUCUUAUAAUGUUUAAUAUUAUUGCACUGUCGCUUUUAUUUCUAUGCAACGAAUGUUUGUGCGAUAUAUGUGAAGUCUGUGGAUGUUCUACUUCAAAUGUAGGACCAAUUAUUGAUUGUCAUGACAGACAUUUGGGAACCAAUGAAGUUCUUAACUUCGAUCUUCUUACUUUAGACAAGCAUCGAUCAUUAAACAAACUUAUUUUUUCAAAGAACAAUAUAGUGCUUUUACCUCUAAAUGAAUUAAAACAUUUGAAACAUUUAAAAGGAUUGGAUUUGUCUCAAAAUAAAUUGGAUAAUAUACAUUCAGACAUCCUUAAGAAUCUAAAUGAGCUCGAAGAUUUAGAUUAUUCUAGCAAUUUACUUUGGGAUUUCGAUAUUUCUGUCUUAAGUACAGCUUCUUCCCUUUCCAAAUUUAAUUUGAGUUAUAAUCAUAUGAACAAUUUGGAAAAAAGUUCAGAAAACGUAACAACAAAGUUAAAAGUCUUUGAUGUAUCUCACAACAAUCUUGUUGAUUUGAAUUUCCUCGAUGUUAUGCCGGAAUUGGAAUAUUUAAAUCUCUCCUUCAAUAAAUUUACUACUCUCCCAGUCAAUUCUUUACUUUAUAUGCAACAUUUGAAGAUUCUUCACGUGAACAAUAAUCAGCUUCUCUCCCUAAAUCUCCAAAAUCUUCCGUUGUCAUUGUUGGAACUUUACACGGAAAACAAUUUUAUUAAUAUUAUAUCAUUUCAAAAAUCAUCAAUUCAUACCUUAAACAUUCAAAACAAUAGCAUUUCUAACAUAUGUAACAAUUUGACCUUAUUGGAAGAAUUAAAAAAAUUAAAUAUCAGUGGAAAUUUCUUAUCAAACUUUCCAGAAGUUUUUCUAAAAAGUUUAGAGACGUUAGAUGUAUCCUUCAAUAAUUUAACAAUAAUACCUGAAACUAUUUCUAUUAAAAAUUUUCCAAGUUUAAGAAUUUUUAAGAUCAGUGGGAAUCAUUUGAAAGAUAUAAAAAUUCGGUCUGAAUUAAAUUUGGAAAUAUUUGAAGUAAAAUUUACGAAAACGUUUGAGAAAAUUGAUCAAGAAACAUUUCUAAUGUUAAAGGAGAAGAAAAAUAGUUGUAUCAAUAUAACUAUUUCGAGUAAUAAAAAGUUGAGUGUGAUUGAGGAAAAUGUUUUUCGACAUAUGAAUAUUUGCUCUCUAGAUUUGAGCAAUAAUUAUUUUACUCACUUGCCAUCAAAAUUAUUUAAUAUAAAUGUUUACAAUAAAAAUGUUUCAAAUUUAAAAUAUCUCAUUAAUCUGCAAGGAAAUCCAUUUAUUUGUAAUUGCUCAUUGCAAUGGAUAUUGAACGAAUUAGUUCCAAAACUUUAUAUAACGAAUCCCAAUCUUUUAGAAGAUUUGAGAUGUGCUGAGCCACCUGCAUUAGCCAACAAAAGGAUGAUUCAUUGGUAUAAAUGGAAGGGAGAAGUCUUUUGUGAUGAUUUUUUACAUUCCGCAGAAAGAAUGACCAUUAACAUUGCAAGUGUUUCUAGUAAAGAGAUUGUAACAUUCAAACCUGGUUCUGGAAUGAUUACUGUUUUGGCAAUAUUGACUGCUCUGCUUGGAAUCUUAAUGAUAAUCGGCAUGCUAUUGAUUCGAAGAAUUAAUGCAAAAAAAAGACGAAUCAAUCGUAGACAUUAAAAUUUUAUUCUUAUAAAAAC